UAUAAUCUUAUCGUAUGUGGGUCGGUUUUCUAAUAUUUAUACAGGAAGUUUAAAUAACCAGCCCGAAAAUAUAGUCUAUUUUAUAAAAAUGUACAGAAGUGGUGUGCUUCAUACAUACCCAUAAUUGGAAUAUCGCAAGACAAACAUCCACUACCAUCAAUUAUCAUAUUACCAGAUGGAAGUUUAAACGUAUUGUAACAACGUGCAUUAGGUUGGAUAAACAUCUUUAACUCAAGUUUCCUAGCACAUCGAAGGUGUCAUGUAGUAUAGUAUUGUACCCGGUUCAAGCAUUACCUAAAGGAGAAAUAAUGUCUAAGAGAUAUGAAAUUUCGAGAGAUACAGGACGGAUAGAGAAAAAUGGAGUUGAGAUAAACCAUAAAUCACACACAGAAGAACAAACAGAUGAACCAAUGCUAUAUGGUGUAGAAGAUAACCCCCCGUUUUAUUUAUUACCUGUAUUUGGUUUUCAGCAAGCAAUAAUAUGUAUAACGGGAACCUUAUCGAUACCUUUUCUGAUCGUCAAUCAGAUUUGUGCAGAAGAUCUACCAGAUGUUCGCGCCAAAUUUCUGAGUAUAACUUUCUUCAUGUGUGGUGUGGCCACUAUUUUACAAGAUGUUUUUGGCGUGAGAUUGCCGAUUGUUCAAGGCGGUUCGCAUACAUUUAUACCACCAAUCAUUGCGAUGAUGGCUUUAGAUCAGUGGCGUUGUCCAGCCGAAGGUUCUAUAGAAGCCAAUACAACAAUCAGCGACCCUGCCUGGAUGAUCAGAAUGAGAGAGAUACAGGGUAAUCUGAUGUUAGCCUCUUUAACGCAAGUUAUUCUGGGUGGAACUGGAGCAAUUGGUUUCUUGUUAAAAUUUAUAGGACCAUUAACCAUAGCACCAACCAUAGCUUUAAUUGGGUUAUCUCUAACCGGCGUUGUUAUAGAUUUCUCACAACAUCAUUGGGGAAUAGCAUUUUUAACUCUGGUUCUUAUAAUAAUAUUUUCAAUGUUUCUUGGAAAUAUCAACGUUCCAUUGCCAGCUUAUAGUAGAUCCGACAGAUGUCAUUUGACAAGAUAUAAAAUCUUCCAGCUAGCUCCUGUGCUGUAUGCUAUUGGUAUAUCCUGGUUAUUCUGCUACAUCUUAACAACAACGGAUGUCUUUACUCCCAAUACAGCUAACUAUACAAACUUUGCUAGAACUGAUACACAUUUACAAGUUAUACAAAAUGCUCCUUGGUUUUACUUUCCGUAUCCUUUUCAAUUUGGAAUGCCAACAAUAAGUGGGGCCGGUUAUGUUGGCCUCUUAGCAGCAACUAUUUCAUCUAUCAUAGAAUCAGUUGGUGAUUAUUUUGCUGCUGCUAGAAUAUCUGGAGCACCACCUGUUCCUCCCCAUGCCAUUAACAGAGGUAUUGCGAUGGAAGGAUUCUCCAGUAUAAUAUCAGGAAUGGUUGGUGCUGGCCACGCAACUACAUCAUACAGUGGUAAUAUUGGAGCUAUAGCCGUCACAAAGGUUGCCAGUAGACGAGUGUUUAUAACAGCUGGGAUUAUAUUAAUAAUAUGUGGUGUGAUAGGGAAAGUUGGUGCUGUUUUUACCUUGAUACCAGAGCCUAUUGUGGGAGGAAUAAAUGCUGUGUUAUUGGGUUUGGUCAUAGCAGUUGGUAUUUCAUCCCUGCAGUUUGCUGAUAUGUCUUCUCCUCGAAAUCUAACUAUAUUUGGAACAUCUAUAAUGUUAGGAAUGGCGGUACCACAAUGGAUCAUAGCUAAUCCUGAUGCUAUUCAUACAGGUUCAACUGGUUUGGAUCAAGUAUGCACUGUAUUAUUGGGGACAUCUAUGUUUGUUGGUGGUGUUGUUGGGUGCAUUCUGGAUAAUCUUGUUCCAGGUACUCUUGAAGAACGUGGAAUUUCAAAAUGGCGAGAAAAUCUUGUAAACAAGAACAAGAAAGGCUUUGAAGAUAACAGUAAAAUUUAUGAACUUCCCUUUAUCACCAAAUAUCUUCGUAAAAUUAAAUGUUGUUUUUAUGUUCCCCUUUCACCAACAUUUGAUAAAGAAUUCACAUGUAACUGCUGUGUGAAAUCUAAAGAACAAUCGCCAAAUCAGGAGCUAUAUGUUUAUGAACAAGACGUUCCAAAUGAAACUCAAUAAUAUAUUAAUAGUUUUUUUAUGAAUAUCAGUAACAGGGUACAUUCUUCACACAGAUUUCAAACUUCACAAAGUUUUAGAAAUUUUUACAAAUCCACUGCUGUACUUUGAAGUAACCAAUUGUACAUCAUAAUAUACUCAUCCAAAUUAAAAACUUGACACUCGGGAUUUUUGGGACUAGAUUUUUAAUAUUUGGUUUAAGGCAACUAUUUUAGUGUUAUGUUGUGCACAGACGACCUUUGACAUCAACAGAAAGCAAGAAUACGUCUCGCCGAAAGUCCUUGACAUUGAUAACUUUCGUUAUGUCACAGUACCCCCCAAAAUGAAAUUCACAGACUUGGAGAACAAUCGGAAUAAAGUGUUUAGUAACGGUUGUGGCCUCCUCUAGCGUCUCGUACUGCCACACAACGUCUUCUCAUGGAUCUCAGAACAUUAGUAAACACUACCCGAGGAAGACGUCGCCACUGCUCAGCAAGAGCAUGUUGAAGGUCCUGCAACGUCAGUGGUGGAUUCACUUGCUGACGAACACGGCGAUCCAGUUCGUCCCAGAUGUGUUCAAUAGGAUUAGGGUCGGGGCUAAGCGACGGCCAAUCCAGGACUUGGACACCGGCAUUUCUUAAAAUUCUGGGUAGCAAUUGCUGUAUGGGAUCGAGCAUUGUCUUGUUGAAACGUUAGUCCAGGCCCAUAAACUUCUGCAUAAACGGAAGAAGAACAGGAUGCAAAAUCUGAUCCCUGUACUGGACAGCAUUUAAGUUCCCUUGGACAACAACAAGAGGAGAACGUCCAUGUGCACAAAAAGAACCCCAAACCAUGACGCUGCCGCCACCACAUCGGUCAACUUCUCUGACGCAUACUUGAGCGUAACGUUCACCUCGUCUGCGGUACACUCGAGCCCUGCCAUCGGCAAAUCUCAAAGUGAAUCGAGAUUCGUCACUAGAGACAACAGAAUUCCACUGUCUUUGAGUAAAUCUUAUGUGUCUUGUGGCCCACACAAGUCGGUUACGGCGAUGAAGAGGUGUCAAUAUUGGUCCAUUAUAGGGCCUCCGAGCUCGAAGACCAGCAGCCUGCAAGCGAUUUCGAACAGUUUGUGCAGUUACCCUUUCACCAAACAUCUCUCUACUUGUGGGGGUUGCAGUGACAAAUCUGUUUCUAAGAUGACGUAAUCGUAUUGCUUGAUCUUCCUGGAGCGACGUCACACGUGGCGCUCCCGCCCUUGGGCGGUCGGCAAUAGUUCCAGUUUGAAGCACUCUCAUUCUAAGAUUAAUUAUUGUCUGGCGUGAACAAUUAAAGGCUCUUGCAACAGUGACCACAGACUGACCAGCAUAGAGCCUACCUAUAGCACGUAGACGUUCUACAUUUGAAAGACGGCAUUUUCUAACAAAGAUGAAAAUAACAAUUUUAAUUUGUUUUUCCAGUUCAAGUUACGUGUGCGUGUUCAGUUUAAGCAAACUUGCAUCAAUUGACCUCACGAGUUUGUGUUUGCACGUGUUUUUCAGGUUUUUCAUCUUUAUAUGCUCAAAAGUCACGUGAUCCACGUGACUUUACAAUUUUAUGAAAUUAAAGGCUUCUUACUACUUACUAUCAUUAGAAACACUUUAAAAUUUAUUUGACUUACCAGAAAAAAAAAUUUGUUGAAAUUCAUCAGUGUCAAGUUUUUAAUUUGGCUGAGUAUAUAUAUACCUUACGCAAUGAAAUAGUGUUUUUUUUUUGUUUUUUUGUCAGAUCUUUAAACUUUGGGUACUUCAUAAAUUUUAUAUCUAUGCAAAAUUGUGUUCUUGUUAAUAAUAUACAUUUACUGUUGUCUGACCUUUAAUUCAACUAUGAUUUCGUGCUAUACAAAAACCCAUAUCUACCAAUGUCGCAGCUUCUAAACCACCUAGGACUGCAUUCUUGGUGACUAAACCUGUACCUUUUCCGAGUCGAUGAAUGCAGUUAAACCACCACGAAAAGGAUCAGAUUGUGUUUACUAAAAAAAAAUCGCGCAUAAACGUUGAAAGAAAAAAACAUACUGUACUGUAGGGCUAUAAAUGUACUAAAUGAAAAUAUUGCAUGUCAUAUUUUCAUUGACUACAGUACAUUAUAAGCGCAUAUUGAUUUGUUUUUUGGCAACAUAAUAUAUGAUUUGUUUUUUUCUUUCAAACUUUAUUUGAAUGUUCUCUUUUUUAUGUUAAUAUAAGCAAUCUGACUCUUUUCGUGAUGAUAUAAAUAUGUUCCUUGAUUAUUGGCAUUAUUGUAGGAAUUCAUUACAUCGUGCAAGAAUAAAUAUAAGUUCAACAAAGAUUUAGGAUCAAUGUCGAUUAAUGUAACCUUUGUUUUCCAAAUAAUGAAAUCGUCACCAACAAGGGUAAUUUAUUAUUGAUAUCAUUCCGGUAAUCUAGAAACGCAGCAGUAGAACAAAGGUUAGUUGGUAUUGUUUUGAUAGGGUGGUCAUGUGAAUAUAUCUCUUAAAUCAAUAAAAUUUCUAUUCAGAUCGACUGCCUUAUAAUAUUUAUUUCCAACCCAGUUCUUAUUAGGUUAUAAAUAAUUAACAGACAAAUCAUAUCAGUUCUUAUAAGGUCAUAGAUAUUUAAAAGACAAAUCAUAUUACUUCAAGUUAUCUUGGUGUAUAAUAGCACAGUCUCUUUGAUGGUCUGAUUGUAGAGGGUACUACCUAAAUAAACCCUGUCAUCCUUGACUUAAAAUAAUAUUUCGUCCCGAUUAAAUUAAUACCUAUGUAUAUAGUAGUAGCGAAGGGCAGUAACGGCGUGGCUGGUGAAGAAAAUAAAUGAAAUGGGGUUUAACUUAACGUCCUACUUUUCUGCACCAAGCAGGCUAAUGAAGACAUGUAUACGGUGAGUUAUUAGUUACAUAGUCCCAGGACACCUAGUGUUUCCGCUCACUCUUCGUCAAAUGUCCAUUUUAUACAGUCCAUAAAGAGCAUUCCGAUUUGGUUUUUGGUCAACUGAUAAAUGAAUGGAUUUCCUUCCAACUUACUUGAAUUCUCAUCUUCCUUCUGUUAAUAAAGCAAUGGCGGUAAGUGUUGCUGUGAUAAAAAUAUUGGUAUACCGAUUUUUUUUGAAUGUUUUCUUUUUUGUGAGUUAAUAAUGCCCUUUUCCGGGUGGUAUAAUUGUAUUUUUUAUAAAGUAGGUUUAAAAACCAAUACAGCGACCCUAAGUUGUUCAGAAACUGAUAUAUUGGUAGAUAUAGCUGUUGCCUAGCCUAAUCUUGAAGAUUAAAAUAAAUACCAGUACUAGUCUAUGAUCUAAAACAUCACUUUAAAUAUAUGAUCCUGCAUGCUUGAACCACUAAUCUUAUUCUGAAAGUAGGCCCUUUUGUAAUGACCAGGAGCACACAUAAUAUUAUAGAAACAAAUUUCCUAAUAAGGGCACAAGUUUAUUGUUAUAGAACAUGGAACAGUAAGCACCAGGAUACUAUCUAAAUGUGAUCAUCAAUCACAAAUUAUUUAUAGUAAAUGCCAGCCCUUGGAUUGUGUAAGGGGUAACAAAAAAUUUUUCCUGGAAAUUUUUUGCAAUCAAUGAAUAUGUAUUUCGGAUUUAUC